UUCUGCAGUUAGUCCACAAUAGGUGAGAAGAAUGAUUGGGAGUCUCUGAGGCAGCUCAUGCCAGAAGGGAUCAGUUUAGGUGUUUCAGCACUGGACAGCUCUCCACAUGUGCACUUUGUGUGGCAAUCUGUCUCAGCUGAUGGGGAGCUCAAACAUGUAGGACUUUGUUCCACAAGUGCCGGCAAAGCGGAACCUCGAAUGAUGACCAUCCCCGAGUUCCUUCUGGAAGUAUCCAUCGUGGUGGUGGCUGUUGUUUCCUUGGUGACCAACAUGUCGGUGCUGCUGUGUUUCACCCACAGCUCAGAGUUGAGGUCCCACGUGCCGGGAAUCUUUGUCCUCAACCUGUCUUUCUCCAACAUCCUCCUGGCUUUCAUCAACAUGCCUGCCACUUUUUUCGGGGUGGCCAAAAGCGCAGAGCCCUUCGGGAAGUGGUUCUGCCAACUGGUCAGCUUUGCCGAGACUUUCCUCAUCACCAACAGUAUGUUGAGCAUGGCGGCUCUCAGCCUAGACAGGUGGAUCGCCGUCAUGUUCCCUCUGAGCUAUUCCAGUAAGAUGCGCCACAGGGAUGCCAUCCUGAUGGUGGUCUAUUCCUGGCUGCAGUCCCUCACCUUCUCUCUGACUCAGCUGCUCAUGGAUUGGGGAGGCUACAGCCACACGUACGCCUCAUGCACCGUUCACCUGGCCGCAGAUGGAAGGUCACAGCUGGCCGCCUAUGCCACCUUCACAGUGCUGCUCCAUUGCUGCGGCUUUACUCUCAGUCUGGCAGUGCUUUGCUUCUCCUACCUCAAAGUUUUGAGAGUCGCCAAGUCCCAUUGUAAGAGGAUAGACGUCAUCACAGUGCAGACUCUGCUCCUCUUGGUUGACAUUCACCCCAGUGUGAAAGAAAGGUGUUUGGCAGAACAGAAGAAGAGGAGGCAGAGGGCCACAAAGAAAAUUUGCGUUUUCAUAGGUUCCUUCAUCUUCUGCUAUUCACCAUAUGUUAUAACAAGGUUAGUGGAGUUGUUGCCCUCUGUGCACAUCCCACAGUACUGGGGCAUCAUCACCAAAUGUCUGUGCUACGCCAAGGCUUCAAGUGACCCAUUUGUCUACUGUCUACUGCGGCAUCAGUACAGAAAAGUCCUGGUUCGUAUCAUUGGACGCUUUUUCAGAAAGGAUCAUUACUUACUGUCGACCAGCACCUGGAGCAGCACAUUUGACACUACAGAAGACAACUGCGCUAGAACAACAUGAAUUCAGUGUGCAGCUCUUUCUAAUGAGGUGUCAACGGCACACCUUCUGUGCAACGCUUAGACGAAAGUAGCUCGGGAGCAAAUGGACGAGAACCUGUAUGCUGCUCAAGGACAUUUCCCCCGAGGGCUUGGUCACGUGCUUGUCGAAGAAAGUGUGACCAAUUGUUUUUGUCAAGGACAUGUACUAACAAUGUAUGCUGAAUGCAGGCAGGCAUUGUUGUGAUGAGUGCCAAAGAUCCUUUUAAAGGCUACAGACUGUUAAUUUCCAUAGGGCUGAUCAGUUUUCCUGCAGAGGCACUGACAAGGAUUUCUUCACACAAGCAAAUGUACACAAGCUUAUACAUUUUGCAUUUAUAUCAUAAAUGUUAUUGUACUGUACAUUUCCGGUUACAUUGAAAUUUUAAAGAAAUCUUGUUCAUGUACAUAAAAUGUUAUAAUGUAGAC